GAGAAAAGGAGCGACCGACUGCUUGGGGGGGGGAGUCCAGCGGUUUCACUCGCGCAGAGCGAGACAUAGAGUCAUAGCUCUGGGAGGAGAAACCAUGAGCAAUUGAAGCUUGGUUGCUGACACGAAAUAUAAAGUUUUAGUUGUAGAGAAAAGUUGUGGAGCCAUGGCAACAUCCGGGAGGAUUCGAUCUACACGUCGGCUGCGCAACUGGAUGGUAGAUCAGGUAAACAGUGGCCGGUACCCGGGCUUGGUGUGGGAUGAUGUUGCUAAGACGAUGUUUCGCAUCCCUUGGAAACAUGCCGGGAAGCAGGACUUCCGGAGCGAUGAAGAUGCUGCCAUUUUUAAGGCAUGGGCAGAGUUUAAGGGCAAGUUGUCCGCGGACACGCGCUCUGACCCCGCGUCCUGGAAAACCCGCCUGCGGUGUGCCCUCAACAAGAGCCCGGAGUUCAGCGAGGUCAACGAAAGGUCACAGCUGGACAUCUCCGAGCCCUACAAGGUGUACCGGCUGGUUCCUGUGGCAGAGCAGGAAGGUCUGGCAGCCGCUGGAACAAAGGAAGGCGUACGGGCGGGGAGGAGGAAGAGGAGGAGUGACUCCGACAGCGAGGAAGAGAACCUGACCAAAAAGAUCAAAGAGGAGGUUGUCUGUCUGCAGCCAAUCAGCAUGGCUCCCCAGCAGAUCGAGGCGGAGCGAGAAAUCGCCGUCGUGCCCGAGGACGCCACCGCCGCGCUCCUCCAGAAGAACGACAGCUCGGUCAUGGAGGUCAAUGAGAUCCAGUUGAACUUCAUGAUCGAGACCCUCCCUGCUGCCGGAGCCCUCCCCGCACUGAUUGUGUCGGUGAAGUACUUGGGCCAGGAGGUGCUGAGGAGGGAGAUCUACCAGCGGGACAUCAGGAUCGCCUACUACCCCUCCUCUGUGAGCCCCCCGCCCCCCUCGGCCCUGUCGGUGGGGGCGGUGGAGCGGGUGUCCCUCCCCGAACCCGCGUCCCUGCUGCCGGAGGGCUCCAUCUCGGGGGUCCAGCUCCAGGCCUGCUCCACCCUGCUGAACUACAUGGAGAAAGGGGUGCUGCUCACCUCCAACACUCUGGGGGUCCUCGCCCAGCGCUUCUGCCAGGGGCGGGUGUUCUGGAGGGGCCCCCACGCCGGAGAGAGCGGCCCCCACAAGCUGGAUCGCACCGCGCACCCCGUCUUCCUGUUCAACAAGCAAACCUUCGAGCAGGAGCUGGACAUAUUUCGGAGCAGUGGGGGUACCCCACCUCAAUGUGGGGUCACUCUGUGUUUUGGAGAGGAGCUUGACACAGAAGACACCUCCAGCAAACUCAUCACAGUGCACAUCUCCCUGCCCUGGGCGACCCAGCAGGUCCAGGAAGCACAGUCUUUCCGGGAAUCUGUGGCCUUCCUGCAGACAUUGGCCAGCCAAUCACCACUCAGUGAAGUCACCCUCAACCUUGUUGGAAUCUCCUCUAACUAGCCAAUCAUGGGCAGUGGAGGACACACCCCCCCCCCCCCUUUCCUUAUAGAACUCUCUGAUGGACAGUGGCAUCUAAAUAACUUCACAAGCACUUAGCAUCUAGUCAUAGUUGUAUCCAAGAUGGCGUCCGCAUCGGCUCUGCUCUUGACUCUUUUCCUGGUCGGUGCAGCUUCUGUGAGCGAGGGAGCAGAUCCGACGGUUCGAGCAGCACUACACGACAGACACUCUGCACUUUACCACUGUGUAGGAAAGGCCUCAAUUCCCUGGUCCCGUCUUGGAGUCCCACACCACUGAGAUGUUACGGCUCUGCACUGAGAAGACAGCAGGACCCUGGCACCUUUUAAUGCCCAAAGACCAAUGCUGAUCUCAGCGGGACAUGAUUACUGAUGAAUAUAGUGACUGUGUAUGAUUUAACCACUGGGACCUCCUUUUAAAGAGGCACACCUCUCUGUGACCAAAAAAAAAAAAAAAAAAAAAAAAAAAAACAUUUAAAAAAAUCAGUGGUGUGAAAGAGCCAGCAAAACUAGUGCAUUACGCCUCUCCACAAGAACAUCCUGUGUCUUUCAAAAGAUGGAGGGUGACAGGAGGAGGCCCCACCUUAUUGUAAGCACCUUGUGCUCCAUGUUUCGGAGCAGGGGUAGGAAUAUGUAAGCCAGACACCCAGCGCAGGAUGUUAAAAAUUCAAUUCACACAUCGGCAGAUAUUUUUUUUAAAACUGCUCACCGCCUGAAAUCCUUUCAUACUGAUGCCAAUGUUCAUCACACAUCCUUCUUCAAACAUUGUUUGUAUCUGUACUGCCGUCUUUACUGAACAUAGCACAUGUAGCCAAUUUAGCACAUAUAUACGUAUUUACAUACAGGCAUAUUGUAGAUAGACACGUAGAAAUACUAGCCUAAAAACUAACUGAGGAAGGUGAAGGCAAUUUUUUAAAUGAUCCCUUACUUGAAACGACAGGAUAGGAUUGCUAUGUGAUCUGAUUUGUAACGGAGAACAGUUUGAAGUUUAGGCCUGGAAACACCUCUCAUAGAGGGCCACAUUCCUGUAUUUCUGGCCAGCUUCUGUUCUGUCGUCUACCCUGGCUGGAUUUAGCUUUGAUACACCAACACUGGUUCACUUCUGCCACAGUAGUCCCAGACCACUGAAAUAACUGGACUAAUUACUACUGCCCGGGGGCAGUGGUGUGGUACGGAGGUUAAGAGAACUGGGCUCAUAACUCGAAGGAGGUAGCCAAGGGUUGAUUCCCAGCUGGGUCGCUGUUGUUGCAGACCACCUGUAUGAACUGACUGUAUGUAAGGAAGUAAGUUCAAUCUGUGUAAGUCACUCUCAGCAAGAGUGUCUACUAAAUACCGAAAAGGGUACACGUCAAUGUCAGAGAUGCUAAAUAAAUAAUGAACAGCAAAAACUGGCCUCCAAUGGGGCUGGCCUACUCCUGGAUUAGUUGCAAUGACCAACAGGGUCUACUAUCAAGGACUCAACUUCUGGCAUGAAUCAAAAAGAUUACGGCAUUAAGAAUUUCAUGUGUAAAUAUGUUAUUAAUCCCACAAAAAUCCUUACAUUUAGUUUGCUUCUAUGUAAAAGACUGUACUUCCCAAAUAAACUUUGGAAUUUGAAAACCA